AAUCCUAUUCCAUCCCUAACCAAACAUAAAGAGCAGAAGAAACACACUUUCUUUUGGAAAGAAAGAGCGGAAGUCAUAUAUAUUUUUUUGUGUCUGAUAGAUUUUCUCGUAAAAAUAGAGCUGUCCUGUGUAGACUAAUUUAUUUUUUGGGUUGGGAUACAAAUACAACACCAGCGCAUCACAAGUCCUUACAGUUACAGAAGUACUUUACGGUCAUGGAUCCUACUCCUACACAUAGAUGCACGGUUCAGCGGCCAUUCUUUCUUCUUCAUCCCACGCACCAUCACCACCACCACCACCACCACCUCUGCCGCCACCAUCACCACCACUUCUUAUGUUUCUGUCCCCACCAUCCCCAACACCACCACCACCACUUUAAUGGUCACCCCCAUCUAUGCCCCGCUCUUAUUUCAUCUUUUCCUCGAAACCCAGAAGCUUCAAAUCCUGUUCCUCUGCCAAACCAUUCCAAUUUGGAGACUUCUGCUUCUGGCUGUGAACAAUCUUAUGCCACUGCCAAUCUGAUGUUACAAGAACAGGAGCAUGAAGGAUUAGAAGAGGAAGAUGAUGAUGAACCAGUUUUUGUUCUGACUGAUGAAUGGAGGGAAUUCUUUGCAAAAUCCGAAGCAAAGAGGAAAUUAGCAAAGAAGCAGGCUAAGAAGAUGGGAAGAAAUAAAUAGAGAAUUUGGAGACAUCCUUGAAUCACCUCAAGCAUGAGAGGUUGCAUUGAGUUCAUUUAGCAGCUUUAGAGUUUCUGAAAGAGUGAUCAAGAAUUAAUUUUCUUUUACACAUACAGAUGAUGCAAGCUAUCGCUUUGGAGCCGAAGAUGCUAGACAUGGUAUAGAAUUUCUUGUUGAAGUCAAAUGUUCCAUUUCUUGACCUAGAUUACCUUGUUAUGGAUUUUUGUUUUCUGUCAAAAGCAUAGACAUUGAAAUUUUGUUCAUGAUCUCCAGAACAAAUGUAUUUUACAUUUACAGCUUAAUUUUACGGUCACCUUUGUGACUACUUUGUGGCAGAA